AAAAUGUUGGUCCCCUCCAUCGCCGCGCUUCUGUCGUCAGUCGCGUCAACGCCGGCGGCCGGCGUCGUCCUCGCCGACGACCGUUCGCCGGCGGGUGAGCGCCGCUUGCCCGAGCGACGCCACCUGCACGAACGCAGCAUGCGCGGCGGCGGCGGCACGCUCUUUCAGAGAUUUUUCCCGCGGACGCCGGGAGAGCAGCCAGAGGUCAUCUCAUCGCCGCUGGAGCACGCCCUGCCCAACGUCGACGACGGCGGGCUGGGAAAGGCGUACACCAGCGUGCCCGAGCCGCCGCGGAAGUGGGACGUGUGCGUCGUCGGCGCGGGGCUGAGCGGCGGUGUGAUCGCUGAGCGGUACGCGACGCUGCGCAAGCAAUCGGUGCUGAUCGUCGAGAAGCGGCGCCACAUCGCCGGCAACUGCUACGACUUUCUCGACGACCAGACCGGACUCCGGCUCAAUCUGUACGGCCCGCACAACUUCCACACCAAGCUGACAAACGUCUGGGACUACGUGAAGCGGUUCGGCCGCUGGGCCCACUACUACCACAAGAAGCUGGCCUGGUCCGAGGGGCGGUUUGUCCCCUUCCCGCUCAACACCGAGACGCUCAACACGAUCUACGACCAGCACCUCAUGGGCGCGAAUGAGACGGCAGCCUUCCUCGCAAAGAUCGCAGAGCCGUGCGGCCCGGGAGGGUGCUCAAACUCGGAGCAGCAGUCGGUAGCGAGCGUCGGCAGGGCGGCGUACAACCAAUUCUACCGUGGCUACACGCUGAAGCAGUGGGGCGUCGACCCGUCGCAGCUCGACGCGCUCGUGACGGGGAGGAUCUCGGUUCGCAGCGACUUUGACAACCGCUACUUCACCGACCGCUACCAGAGCCAGCCGAGGGACGGGUACACACGGUGGAUGGCGGGCAUCUUGAGCGACCCUCUCAUCGACCUCGUGCUGGGCGUCGACUGGUUCGACGUGCAGCAGCGCCUCGCCGGCCGGUGCGGCAAGCUCAUUUUCACCGGCCCGAUCGACCACUACUUCGCCGACUCGGGCCUGCCGAAGCUGACGUACCGCUCGCUCCGCUUCGAGAAGCUGGCCGUGCUCAACAUCGGAGAGCACGGGUACUACCAGCCCGGCACGUCGGUCAACUACCCCGAGAUGGCCGUCCCCUUCACUCGCUCGACUGAGUACAAGCACUACCCCGGCCAGCCGCGCAGCAACCACACCGUCGUGGUGCGCGAGACGAGCGGCGCGGACGGCGAGCCGUACUACCCGGUGCCGAACCCGCGCAACCACGCGCUGUACGCCAAGUACAAGGCGCUCGCGGACAAGGAGGCGCUCAAGGGCGUGCACUUCGUGGGCCGGCUGGCAAACUACAAGUACUUCAACAUGGACCAGGCGAUCGACAACGCGCUCAGGAUCUUCGACGGCCUCGACCGGGACAGCGCGCCCGGCCGGCCCCCGGUCAAGAAGAGGAAGAAGGAGCACAAGGGGGGCGCACACGAAGACGCGCUGCAUUUCGACUGACCAGCGCAGAAUCUAGUCCUAGACGCGAGGCGUAAUUCCCGAACUGAGUCGGAUUUCGACGUCCCACGCUUAAAAUUCGCAAUGUUCAAAAUGCUCCAAGUGCUCCAAAAUGGCUAGCCAAUAUCUU